GAGCAGGCCAGCAUGGCUGCUGCUGCUGCGGCGGCGUCGUGGCUGCGCUGGGACCAGAACUCCAAAACAAUUGAACUAGUGAAGCAGAUGGUCGCGAAAGGAAACACAGAAGAACUCCAGCGAUGUUUUGGUUCACGGAUGGAAUUUGGGACUGCAGGGCUCCGAGCUGCUAUGGGACCAGGAACGUCUCAGAUGAAUGACUUGACUAUCAUCCAGACCACUCAGGGAUUCUGUAGGUACCUUGAAAAAAGCUGCAGUGACCUGAAGAAAAAAGGAGUUGUAAUUGGCUUUGAUGCUCGGGCUCAUCCUUCAAGUGGAGGUAGCAGCAAAAGAUUUGCAAGACUCGCAGCAGCAACGUUCAUCAGUCAAGGUGUCCCUGUGUACCUUUUCUCCAGUAUAGUACCAACUCCUUUUGUGCCCUACACGGUGACUCAUCUGAAACUUUCUGCUGGAAUUAUGGUUACCGCUUCUCAUAACCCAAAGCAAGACAACGGAUACAAGGUGUAUUGGGAAAAUGGCGCUCAGAUAAUUUCACCUCACGAUAAAGGAAUCGCUCAGGCUAUUGAAGAAAACCUAGAGCCGUGGCCUCAGGCUUGGGAGGAGAGUCUGGUUGAAAAAAAUCCCCUUCUCCAUGACCCCUACCCAUCGAUCAACAAGGACUAUUUUAAUGACAUACAGAGACACUGCUUUUACAGGAAUUUAAACAAGGAAACAAAGCUGAAAUUUGUCCACACUUCUGUGCACGGUGUAGGCCAUGAGUUCGUGCAGUCAGCCUUUAAGGCAUUUGACUUUAGCCCUCCGUUCGCUGUUCCCGAACAGAAGGAGCCUGAUCCAGAAUUUCCAACAGUAAAAUAUCCCAAUCCUGAGGAGGGUAAAGGCGUUCUGACAUUAUCGUUUGCUUUGGCUGAAAAAGUAGGAGCUGGAAUUGUUUUGGCCAACGAUCCAGAUGCCGAUCGGCUUGCCGUUGCAGAGAAACAAGAAAGUGGUGAGUGGAAAGUGUUUUCGGGCAACGAGCUGGGAGCUCUUUUAGGCUGGUGGAUCUUCACUUGCUGGAAAAAACAGAAUUCGGAUCCUGGUGCCAUUAAAAAUAUAUACAUGCUGUCUAGCACUGUGUCGUCCAAAAUCUUGAGAGCAAUUGCACUUAAAGAAGGUUUUCACUUUGAAGAAACGCUGACAGGAUUCAAAUGGAUGGGAAAUCGAGCCAAACAGCUUGGAGACCAAGGAAAAACUGUCUUAUUUGCCUUUGAAGAAGCCAUCGGAUACAUGUGCAGCCCUGUAGUCCUGGAUAAAGACGGUGUGAGCGCUGCGGUCAUAACUGCAGAGAUGUCUACUUGGUUGGCCACCAAGGGCCUCUCUCUGUCUCAGCAGCUGAAAGCCAUUUACAACGAGUACGGAUGCCACAUUACCAAAGCGUCAUAUUUUAUCUGUUAUGAUCAAAAGACCAUCAAAGGGCUCUUUGAGAAGCUCAGAAAUUAUGAUGGGAAAGCUACUUACCCAAAGACUUGUGGGAAAUUUCCUGUUUCUGGAGUGCGCGAUUUGACUACCGGCUAUGACAGUAACCAGCCUGAUAAAAAGGCUGUGCUCCCCACCAGUAAAAGCAGCCAAAUGAUAACAUUUACCUUUAAUAACGGAGGUGUGGCUACCAUGAGGACCAGUGGAACUGAACCCAAGAUCAAAUAUUAUGCAGAGCUUUGUGCUCCUCCUGGAAACAGUGAUUUUGAAAAGCUGAAGAAAGAACUGGAUGAAUUGGUCAGUGCCAUUGAGAAACAUUUCUUUGAGCCAGAGAAGAAUAAACUGCAAGCCAAGCCAGAGUGA